AUGGCGGAGAACAUUGCUUUCAGGGGCAAAUCCACCGACGACCCUAACAAGCAUAUCACCAAGUUCAUCCAGAUUUGCAACACAACAAAGAUGAAUGGAGUGACAGAUGAGCAGGUUCGACUAAGGCUGUUUCCUUUCUCUUUAGAGGAUUCAGCAAAGGAUUGGUUGGAGAGUUUGGAGCCCGGAUCGAUAAGAACAUGGGAUGCUAUGGUGGAAAAAUUUUUGGAGAAAUUCUACCCCCCUAGUGAAGCUAUAAAGAGACAACACGAGAUCAUUGCCUUUCAGAUGACUCCUACAGAGAAUAUCAGAGACGCAUGGGGGAGGUUUAAAUCUUUGAUGAAACGGUGUCCCAACCAUGGGUUAACCCCGACAGUCCAAGUUAUUACUUUUUUCAAGGGAUGUGUGCCUGAAGCACAAAGGGAGUUGAACUUGAGCUCAGGCGGUAAUUUUCUCAAGAAAGGGGUAAAUGAAGCCAUGGAAGUAAUAGAGGAACUUGCAUCUAAUGACGAAGGAUGGAGCAAUGAAAGGAGUAAGAUGCAUAGGGUAGCGUCUACUACAGAUCAUGAUCCUAUGAGCGCCCUAUCUGACAAGCUGGAUGCGCUGACUAUGAAGUUUGACUGUAUGGCAAUGGGGCAACCGACUCAAGAGCCCCAAGAAAAUAUGGAGGACGUUAACUAUGGUGGAGGAUAUAAUCAGUUCGGGAACAGGGGGCAUCCCAAUCUCUCUUAUGGGAACCCCAAUAAUGCUCUGCAACCACCCUCGGGGUUCACGGUUACCAAUGGAGUGGUCGAUGAUCCGAAGAAGAUGACCACGGAAGACAUACUCAAAUCUUUCAUGCUACAGUCCAACAAGCUCAUGGAACAGAACAACCAAAGAAUGGAGAAGGUUGAGACAGAUGUGCAGAGUAUGGCCACUCAUUUGAAGAACAUCGACACACAGAUCAGCCAGAUUUCCCAGACUGUGAGUACUAUUACUCAACCGGGAAAGUUCCCUUCGAACACCAUUAUAAAUCCCAAAGAUUGCAAAGCGGUGCAGUUGAGGAGUGGAAAAAGUUAUGAUGGACCUGCAAUGCCAUCAGAGGAUAGAGUAACAGAAAAGGGACCUGAGGAGGAGGAGUUAGUCGAGGAAGUUGAGACCGAGAUAGUACAUAUUACUUCCCCACCUAAGGAGAACGUGGCCCCAACUCUACCUACACCACCUGCAGCAGCUCACACUCCCCCUGACGUGAGGAUUCCCUAUCCUCAACGUGUGCAGAGGAAGAAGACAGACGCACAGUUCUCGAGAUUCUUGGAUAUAUUUAGGAAGGUGCAGAUAAACAUCCCAUUGGUGGAGGCACUACAGCAAAUGCCGAGCUAUGCCAAGUUUCUGAAGGAUGUGGUUUCCAACAAGAGGAGAUGGAUGGAGUAUGAGACGGUGAAUUUGACUGAAAAAGAAGGAUCCAAACCGAAAGCUCAUAAUCAAAGGAGGCUCAACCCGAUAAUGCAAAAUGUGGUGAAAAAUGAGGUAUUGAAAUGGUUGAAAGCCGGAAUUAUAUAUGCCAUUUCUGACAGUGAUUGUGUAAGUCCCACCCAAGUCGUGGCCAAGAGGGGUGGAAUGACUGUGAUUCAAGGUGGCAAUGAUGAGAUGAUAGCCACAAGACUGGUGACAGGAUGGCGAGUUUGCAUUGACUACCGAAUCCUCAAUGCAGCCACGAGGAAGGACCAUUUCCCCCUCCCGUUUAUUGAUCAGAUGCUUGACAGAUUAGGGGGAUAUGAGUACUACUGCUUCCUCGAUGGCUAUUCUGGAUAUAAUCAAAUCCUGAUCGCCCCAGAGGAUCAAUAUAAAUCGGCCUUUAUUUGCCCGUAUGGUGUCUAUGCCUUCCGGAGGAUGUCUUUUGGACUGUGCAACGCCCCUGCCACGUUUCAGAGAUGUAUGAUGUCCAUCUUUCACGACAUGGUGGAAGAUAUUAUGGAAGUCUUCAUGGAUGACUUCUCGGUUUUUGGGUCUUCAUAUGAUCAUUGCUUGGAUAAUCUGACUAGAGUAUUGCAGAGGUGCGAGGAGACCAACUUGGUGCUGAAUUGGGAGAAGUGUCACUUCAUGGUGCGGGAUGGCAUUGUGCUUGGGCACAAAAUAUCUGCUGCAGGACUCGAAGUUGAUAGAGCCAAGAUCAUUGCGAUUGAGCAGAUGCCACCACCGUCUAGUGAGAAAGCCGUACGGAGUUUCUUGGGGCACGCGGGGUUUUAUCGGCGAUUCAUAAAGGAUUUUUCUCAGAUAGCCCGCCCCCUUUCCAAUCUGCUAGCCAAGGAUGUCAAGUUCAACUUCUCUGCAGAAUGUCUGCAAGCCUUUGAAAUUCUGAAGAAGGCGUUGGUGAGUGCGCCCGUACUUAUAGCUCCAGAUUGGUCACAGCCUUUCGAGAUUAUGUGCGAUGCCAGUGACGUGGCCGUGGGUUCAGCAUUGGGACAGAAGAGGGAUAAAGUGUUUAGAGUGAUCUACUAUGCGAGCCGGACUCUCGAUCCAGCUCAGGAAAAUUACACUACCACGGAGAAGGAGAUGUUGGCUGUGGUAUAUUCUUUCGACAAGUUUCGGCCGUACCUCAUUGGAGCGAAGACGAUUGUGUUUACAGAUCAUGCUGCCAUCCGUUAUUUGUUUGCUAAAGUGGAUGCAAAGCCUCAAUUAAUUCGUUGGGUUCUUUUGCUGCAAGAAUUCGACUUGGAGAUUCGGGACAGAAAGGGGUGUGAGAAUGUGGUGGCCGAUCACUUAUCUAGAUUGGAACAUUGUUUUGAAGGAGAGAACUUGAGGAAGCCUAUCAACGAGGAGUUCCCGGAUGAGCAUCUCUUCUAUGCUCAGAGCUCAUUGCCAUGGUUUGCAGAUAUUGUGAACUUCCUAGUAGCCAAGGUGGUCCCAGAGGGCCUCAACAAGCAUCAAAUGAGGAAGUUCUUUCAUGAUGUCAAGUUCUAUUUUUGGGAUGAGCCGUUCCUAUUUAGAAGAUGCGCAGAUAUGGUGAUUAGGAGAUGCACUCCAAAUGAGCAAUGGGAAGCGGUAAUCAGAAACUGCCACUCAACCAAUGGUCAAACUGAAUUGGCCAAUCGAGAAAUCAAAGGCAUUUUGGAGAAGACGGUGAACGCCAAUAGAAAGGACUGGGCAUUGAAGCUCGAUGAUGCACUGUGGGCGUAUAGAACGGCUUAUAAAACGCCAAUUGGCAUGUCACUCUACCAGUUGGUGUUUGGGAAGUCUUGUCAUCUUCCUGUGGAGCUUGAGCACAAAUCAUAUUGGACAGUGAAACAGUUAAAUGCCGACUACUACAAGGCGGGAAAAGAGAGACAGUCCUAUCUGAAUUUGCUCGAUGAAUUUCGGAAUGAGGCGUUCGAAAAUUCUGCCAUCUAUAAGGAGCGACUCAAAACGUAUCACGAUAAGUUGAUUGAGAAGCGGGAGUUCUUCCCGGGAGAGUUGGUGUUGUUAUUCAAUGCUCGGAUGAAACUCUUCCCGGGAAAGCUUAAGUCAAGGUGGUCCGGCCCUUUUAAAGUCCGAACUGUGAUGAAGAAUGGAGCUUUAGAGCUUGAAGCUGAUGAUGGGAGAGUGUUCACUGCUAAUGGGCAGAAUGUGAAGAAAUUUCAUACGAUGGAGCAGAAGGAAGAAGUGUUCCACAUCUCCUUGGAGCCCCAGUAA